CAGUGGUGUGAGGGUUGUAGUCAUAGGUAGAGCCCCUUAUAUAUGUAAGAGUGAGUCCUGUACAGAUAACAUACAUGGGAGAUACAUGGGUGAGUCAUCUGUACUUUAUCCACAUAACAGACGCUGGGCAUCUUUUGGAAUUCACCACUAGCCACUUUGUGAACACUCGGUGUGGACAUAUGACAAACUAUUGGACAAGUUGACUUUAUCUGCACAUCACUGGAAUGACAUAUUCAGCUGUAGGCGGAUACAGAACACACAGGAUGAUAAGAAUACAGCGUUUGGAAGACCCAGGACAUUUUGAGUAUUGUAGGUGAAGGCUGUUUGGACAUAUUGGAUGAUUUAUUAGUGGUUUGAGGUAUCGGAACAGCAUUAGUUGGAUAUAUAACUCACGGUGAGACAUUUCCACUAGGAGCAUUAGUUGGAUAUAUAACUCACGGUGAGACAUUUCACACUAGGGUAAGUCAGGACAAGACCUAUGUUAUGAAACAGGAAAUAUAUCUAGUGUAUUUGAUGACACAUUUUUGGAGAUUACUGCAAACAGCCUUGACUGUUUUUAGGAGGAGCCUCAGCCAUAUAUAAGGAUUAGUUACACAGACAGUGCUAAUUCCAGUGUAUAUUUUGCAGCUGAACCACGAAGACCGGUUUAUUGCUAGUGUCAAAUACUUUAGGAAACAAUAACAAACAAUAGAAGGUUAUAAUGUCACAUGACCGUUAUUCAACGUACAAUAACAGAGGUGAAUGGUAUUACCAGCAACACAAUAUGGACCUAGAAGUUGAAGAAUAUACAGAAAUAAGAGAACCAACACCCUCUCCCUUGAGCAACAUGUAGACCGUGUCACGGAUCCUCAAGUGUCUACACCACAGCAAGAGGAUGCAGUAGUCCUAGAUCCCAAACACCCAAUAUCUCAAGUACCUCACACUCCACAGCCGACUCUUGAUAUACAUGGGUCCAAUGUGCACAAGACCAAGCCAGUAACAGCUUUACAGUCGCAAGGGCCAUUAUUCUCCACACCACCCCGAUCUGAAGCAGCUGUCACCUAUGAAGAACUAGAGCCUGAUCCCAGUCUACAGCACCUUGACAGCGAUGGCGCAACAGUGUUGUCAAUUGCAAUGGUGAAACAGUUGAUUAUAUGCUCCACAUGUACAACAACGUUCAACAGAGCAGUCAUAUGUGAGGCGUACUUGAUUCAGCUGAACAGACCCAUACAAUGUGCUUGUGGCUGUGUAUUAUGCACACUGUGUUACAGUAAACACCGGGGGUGUCACCUACACAAUGUGAUAUCCACAAAGGCCCUUGUAAGCACCACAGCCAGCACCCUUGCCAAUUGCCCUGCUCUGGAGCAUGUAGGAGACUGGGAUCUGGAACUCAACGAAGGUGAUAUGUUCAGAACUGACAAUGGAAGCGAUGCCCAGGUGCAGCUGCUAAUGAAUGAGGCGCAAUUCCCUGACGUUGAUACCCUGAGAUCCGUGUUCAACAAUCUCAUCACAAAAAAAGACACAAUGUCCUUCAAGUACUGGGUAAACAAAUCAAUGCCAGAAGAGCUGGCCUACAGAUAUGUCUGCAUCUCUCAUACACCUGGUUUCUGGGAUCACGUCGUGGUGGGAACCCGGGCCCUUCCCAGAACGGAGAACAUGAUCGGACCCGAUGAGUUCUUGCCAAGAUUGUUUAAUGUGUCGCUAGGUUCAUACAAGUUACAUUGGUGCUGUUUUGUUCUGAAGAAACAGAUCAUUCUAACUAUGUGGUGCACUUCGAAGCCCAGGGGGGAGGGUCAGUGUAAGGUAUCCACGCUGGUUGAAAGCGCACUGAAGAGCUUUACCGCAAGCAUAGAGUUUAGAAGAAUGGUAUUAUAUCUGUCUAGGUGGUUUACAGCUCAGUACGUGUCCCCACCACACAGGCUGCUUAACGUUGUGUUAGAUUGUAAACCUAGUGAAGGUCCUACUUUGGUCCAUGUCAUAGCUUUCCUGGCUUCAAGCCUAGGGAUGGAAAAGAUAACACCUAACUUCUCCCAGCAUAGGGCCAAGGAUGAUCAGAAUUACAGUUUCAAUAUCAGAUCUGCCGGUACCAUGUUCUCAUGCCCCUCAGAAGGCACUUCAGAAGGUAUGUACAUCAAUAUUGUUGAGGAGUUUAGUUCCUACCACAACGGUUGUAAUAAUGCAAUGGGUCUCACGAGGCUGUGUACCACAGCAGAGUUGUACAGUUACCUUUAAAAGUCAGUUUGUACGGUCUCACUUGCCUGUUGUGUGGCCAUGUGGUGAAAGUGAUGCCUAUAUGACCUUUUAUGUAUUGGUUGACAAGGGUCCCUUGACUGAUGAAAUGAUAUCUGGUGCUGUUCCUAGAUUUUGUGAUAUAUAGAGCUGUGUUCAAUUGUAUACAGUUUUAUACAUUUGACCAUUUACACUGGUUCAUGUCUAUAUAUUGUUAUACCUACUCUGUCCAUUUUGUACCACUGCCCUGUGUGUAUCUAUUCACUUGAAAGUAAAUAUAUUUUGUACAUAGUUCAGUUGUGCUAUAUGCAUUCAUUAGGAUUUUACAACUGUUAUGCACUUUGAAGCCCAGGAGAGGGCAGUAUAAGGUUAACUUGUUGUACUCCUUCUGGUCCCCUAUCUUUGAAGCCAAUGUCUUUGACAUUUUGUAAAUAAUUAGACAAGGCACAAGUUCACCCUACCCCGGUCAAAAUGUAAUGGUUUGUACUCUGACAUGUAUAUAUGUAUGUGUAUGUAUGCAAAAGUGCAUUGUUGAAUAAAAACCCCAAAUAACAA